UCUUUCGCUUUGCACUAAUCGACAAUUCACAACUUCCGCCAUAAACGGUUUGUUAUCAAGUUUAUGUUUUGCGCAUUGCUCAACAAAAUACACGCAAACGGGUAUCGAUGGUAACAUUUAUUGUUUUUGUUACGAUGUAUUAGGUUGAUUGAACUCGAUUUUAUGGACAUAUGUGAGACAUUAUUUUUUUACAUUGUUUUUGCCUUUGCCAUGAAGAACUAUGGGCUGUAGGUAUGUACUCAUAAAAGCUCAGAGCAUUCAAGAAGAACUAAAGUCGCUCAUAAAUAAAUUCAACAGACAGGGACGUAUUAUGAGAUGCCGGAUAAGACGUCCGAGGGCAGAUGAUGAAUUCCACUCAAAAGGCCAUAUACUCGGAGACUAUGUUGACAAGAGGAAUGUAACAUAUCAAGGAAUGUAUGUCGUGUUUAUGCUUGUCCAUUAACAAAGUCACCAGUACAUGCUAGUAGUGCAGUAUGGCCGCUAACACACACCUGAUCGGCGACAAGGAGACACAUAAUUGGUUCAAAGCGUGCAUAGGACUCAAUGUUACGAAGGAAGGACUCACUAACUUUCUUUGCGCAGAAUUACAGAAAGUACACACCUCUGUUGGUAGAAGUUGUGGAAACUGCCCAAUUGAAAACCUCAUACAAUGUCCGACAAACCCAUAUUGUAACAAGAGGAAACGGAAUUAUUGUCCUUUUCAUAAAUCACAGAAACCGCAGCCAUGCCCAAUUUGUGAUAAUGUAAAACAUAAUAUCAUAAUACACCACAGAUAUGGUGGACCUUCCUGGAGGAACACUCGUGCGGAAAAGUGGGCACUAAAUUAUUGGGAAAUAGGCAAAUGCUACCUCCCUCCGGACGGAUACAGCAGCAUUUCCUCGGUCCAGGAAUCCGACUUUAAUGGUGUGAUAAGCAUCAUGUUGAAUUGCCUACAUUUCCAGACAUGUCUCUCCCCCUUAUGUUUAUCACCUCCACCGCCUGAUAAGCAAUGUCCUCUAGAAAAGGUCCGUCAGAUUGGCCGAGAUGUGCGUCACACAUCCGACUGCAAGGUUACCGAUGCUGACUUGCAAGACUAUUUCAAGACACUGUCCACGCUCCUGGCUGACCCACAAUGCUUACAACAUGAUCCUUCAGCCAUCAUAGCAUGUACAAGACUUAGUGAUUUGCAGAAUGAUCGUUUGUCCUUUGAAGAACUGGGCAAGCUGUUGAAAGAGGUCAAUCAAACGCUCGAAGAAGCAAAAAAGACCGGCAAACGUUUUUCUGAGAUGGCGGAAAGGACCUUGUCAAAACAUCUGCAGAAAUUGGAUGCUACUAAUCAGUUGGGGCUGAUACGCCUUAAAAAUAAGACAACAGUUGGAGAACAACGCCUUCAUAGCAAGACGAAAGUUGGGGAACAUCGCCUUGAAAGAAAGACACAAUUUGGGGCACAGAAAAUUGAAAGUAUGACACAGUAUGGGGAACAACGCAUCGAAAAAAAGACAAACGAUGCGGAUCAAUGUAUUGAUGGCAAGGUACAUGAUGUAACACAACGCAUCGAAAUCAGUGUUCAGCAGGGCAUUGAGCGCAUGCAACAGGCAGCAAACAAAACUGCACAAGCAGACUACGAAAGAGAAGUAGCAGCAGAAGCGGUUACCAUGGCGUGGUUGUGUCAAGGUCUCGGAAUCAGAAUUGAGAUUUGAGUGUCAGAUUUUCGCCGUCGUUUGGUGGAACAUUACAAUGACACUUCGAGCAAUGUGCCUCUUUCAGUAUUGGAUCAGAGUCUUGAUAAACGUAUAACCGAUAUAUAUGCAACG